GGUGGCUGUCAACAGGGCGGAAGUGAUAGACGCGGAAGCGUUGAGGCUGACUUGUCAGUAGUGGGGCGGGGCAAGCAAGAGAGUUCUGCAUGUGUCUCAGUCCUGGAAAGAUGCUGAAGCUGGUGGUUGGGUUGUUGGUGGGGCUGGUGCUGGCUCUGAUACUGGGCACCUAUAGCAGUACUGAGCGCAGGACCCAGCUCAGGGCCAGCCAUGGAAGAGACCCAACACCACCAUGGCCGGGGAAGGAGCUCAGUCACAUCUUCUGGGCUGUACAGGUGACUGAUAUCCAUAUUAGUAAAUUCCUGGAAACUGAAAGGGUGUCAGAGUUUGAAUCUUUUUGUACUGAAAGCCUUGCAAUCAUCCAGCCUGCCCUUGUUCUAGUAACAGGUGAUCUAACAGAUGGCAAAACCAAAGAUAAAUUGGGGUCGGACCAAUUUGAGGAAGAGUGGCAGAUUUAUAGAUCUAUUCUGAAGAAGUCCCGGAUACUGGAGAAAACAAAAUGGAUUGACAUUCGUGGAAAUCAUGAUUCAUUUAACAUUGCACACCUGGGCAGCACCAAUAACUACUACAGAAAAUACUCAGGAUGGCAAAAAGAAGGUUCCUUUCAUUAUAUUCACCAAACUCCAUUUGGGAAUUACUCCUUCAUCUGUGUAGAUGCCACUCUCACUCCAGGACCCAAAAGACCAUACAACUUCUUUGGAAUAAUCGGGAAGGAUCAGAUGCAGACGUUGUCAACAUUGGCUGCAGAGAGUCUACAUAGCAAUCAGUCUGUGUGGUUUGGUCACUACCCCACUUCAACAAUUGUGUCUUCUUCCCCUGGUAUCCGGGCAGUAAUGAGUUCAGCUGUGGCAUACAUGUGUGGUCACCUGCACACUCUGGGAGGGCUGGCACCUGUCCUGCAUAGUCAACAUCAGCAGGGCACCCUGGAGCUGGAGCUUGGAGACUGGAUGAAGAAUAGGAGAUACCGGAUAUUUGUCUUCGAUCAUGACCUGUUCAGCUUCAUAGACCUGCGACAUGAUGAGUGGCCUGCAAUUCUCAUUACUAACCCCAAAUCUGUUUUGUAUACAAACCCAGCAGUGGAGCCAUUGAAGCGAAUCCAGCACUCCACACACAUCAGAGUGCUGGUAUUUUCCCCGGAUCCCAUCAUCUCUGUCAAGGUGUUCAUAGAUGGCAUUGAACUGGGAGACGCCGAGAAUUCCUCUGGUCCAUUGUACGUGUUAGAGUGGAGUGCUGAAGCAUAUAUGACUGGACUACAUGAGAUCAAAGUCCAAGCGAAGGAUGCUGCUGAGCGGAAACAAACCAGAAGCCAUCUGUUCAGCUUAGAAGAUGAUGUUUCUGUCAGCUUCAGCCUGUUUCCAUCUCUGAUUCUCCUUACAGAUCACCACGUUGUGGCACAGGUGCUAUUUAUUGUCAUUGUACUGGGUCAACUCCUUGUACUUCUUGUUUUCAGAAUAAGAAAGAAGCCAAAGCUGAGAGGACCCCCUGGAAAUUUUGCACUGGCCUCUUUCUCUUUGCAUGUACUAAGCAAGAACAGUGUUUUCUUCUAUGCCAUUGUACUGUUGACUCUUUUCACCGCCAUAGGUCCUUGGUUUAUUGGGGAAAUUAUAGAUGGUCACAUGGGAGUUUGCUUUGCCUUUGGCGUGAUUGUUGGAGGACAUUUCCUAGAUGGAAGUCUCACAUACGUUGUUGGAAUAAUGCAGAUGGCGUUCUUUAAUAUUCCCCUGACUGCAUACCUGUGCUGGUGUUUACUUUGUAGAUGCAAGGGUCAUGGUUUCUUUUCCCAUCUGCGACACACUAGGAAGAUUGUCUAUGUGCCGAUUCACUUCUUCAUGUUCCUCCUUUUGGUCUGGCAGAUCUAUUCCUGCUUUUUCCUCUUAUUGACUUAUGGCACCUUAGCAACUUUCCUCUCUCCAAUGAAGCUGUGGCUGGUGGUGGCUACGUUGGUCUUGGGCAGGAGAGUGUGGGUGUUCAACUCCCCAGAACUAAGGUCUUAUGUCAUUGAGCUGAAGAACUGCCAGAGCACUUGACAGCUACCGGAUGACAGGGAAACGUGGGUGCAGGGUUAUGUGCAUAGAAUCCUCAUUUAUACCUGGAAAGUCAAUAUUUCUAAGGCCAAAUACGAUACUCAUUUGAUUACUGAAUAGCAAAUCGUGCACAAUAAUGACUUGAGCCUUCUAUAGCAUCAUGUGGUUUGCUUUGAUUUUGAAACCCCACCACUCUAUGUAAUACUCAGAAGAAUGAAGGACACAAAAUGCUGAGAUUGUAAUUUUAAUAUUUUCUAGAUUUAUUCUGUCAUUAUGCAAUAAUCUCUUCUCUUACUGGAAAAUUGAGACCCUUGCAGUGUAUACAGUAAUAGUCUGAAUUUUCAACCCUGAGAUUUUGUCUAUGGGUGAAAGUGGUGGAGGUGAACCACUGCUGCAGCAGACGGAGCUUCUGGGACUCCUACAGCUAUGUCAUUGCUUCUCCGUGAGUACUAUUUAAACCACUAGAAUGUACCCAGAAAUGAAGUAUCAAUUUUUGGCAGACCGGUCCUAAAAAAAAUUAGUUGGAUGUAGAGAAUGACUCCAAAUCAACAAAAUCUAAUGAAGCUGCACAUAGAAGAGCAGAUAUAGUAUGUAGAGAGACAUCUGCUGAUUUAAAAAAAAAAAAAAA